AUGCCAAAGCGAGGACGAAAGCGAAAAAAAAACCGCACUCACACUGGGGAUGUAGACAAUGCAUUGUUGAGUGCCGAAGAGGCAAAAAUACCGAAGUCACUCGUGAUUCGACGCGGAAAAUGUGAUCCUCAUGUAUCUGAUUUGGUUCAAGACAUUCGGAAGGUAAUGAUGCCAUACACCGCCUCGAAUUUCAAGGAGGAUGCAAACUACCGAAAGCUUACACUUAACAAAUACUCCCAGCAUGUUUGCCUGCCGCUUGGAAUUUCGCACAUGCUUGCUUUUUCGCAAAACAAGGAGAAGUUGAACCUUCGAAUUGGAAAGACUCCCCAAGGACCAACGUUGACUUUCCGAGUACACCAGUUUUCCUUAGCAAAGCAUGUCCAAAAACUUCAGAGGCGUCCCGUGAAUACCAAUACUCUGGCCUCGAACCCUCCGAUUGUCGUUACCAACAAUUUCGGAGAUGCUACAGCUCCUCCACAAGUCAAACUCAUGCGAAUUACGUUUCAAAACAUGUUCCCAGCUAUCAAUGUUUCAAAUGUAAAGCUAAAAGAGUGUAGAAGGGUGGUUCUUUUCCACUUGAUCGAAGAUGAAAACGAUGGCCAAAGAGUUGAAGUUCGUCACUAUGCCAUCAAAGCAACUCCAGUCGGCGUCAACCGGAAAGUGAGAAGGUUGAUUCAGACGAAGAUCCCAAACUUGAAUAAAGUUCAAGACAUUGCUGAUUACAUUGCAGGGAGUGGGCAUGCUGCGACUAGUGUCGACGCCGCCAGCGAUUCCGAAGCAGAAGAUAACAGUGCUGUUGUGGAGUUAGCUCAAAACUAUACGGGCCGGGGGAACAGGGGUCAGUCCAAAUCGGCGCUAAAACUCGUAGAGUUGGGCCCCAGAAUGGCUAUUCAAUUGAUCAAGGUUGAACAAGGUUUGGGAGAGGGCAACAUCAUGUUUCAUGCGUUUGUCCACAAGACGCCAGAGGAAGCGAAAGAAAUUCAAGAGAGCCAAGAGAAAGAGUCAAGACUCAAGCGUGAACGACGCGAACAACAAGAACGAAAUGUCGAGACGAAAAGAAAGGGCAAAGAAGAGAAAAGAGAAGCCAAGCGACAAAGGAAGAAAGAGCGAGAAGAGGCUGCCUUGGAUGAAUUGCGAAAGAAGGAAGAAGAGGAACUUGAAGACGAUAACGAGGAUGAUGCAGAUAUCGACGACUUGCUUGCAGAAUAUACGAAAAAAGAUAGUGAUGCACCUGGUCGUUAUGGCGGUAAUGUUGAUGACGAAGAAGAGGAAGCCAACGACGACAGUGACUAG